UCCCACCCUGACCCCCGUGAGGUGAGGAAGACGGACCCCCCAAGCCCUCAGUGUCCGUCAGGACAGUCACAGGAGAGACAUCAGAGCUCGCAGCUCCCGAGCAGAGCUCACGUCUUACCCUGUGGUGCUGAGGUGUUUGCCGAAGCUUCUUCCUUCUCACUCCCUACGCUUUACUUCCAUCCCAAACGAUGGCAAAGAGAGCUCCUCGCAGCCCCAGGAUGGCCUGGGAGAAGAACAAGUCUCCCCAGGAGAGCAACUCUGCCCCACAGCCUGAGGAGGCGGCUGUGGUCGAGCCCCUGAAGAUCGACAUCAGCUGGUUCCCCUUGUACGCAAAGCUGAAGAAAACCAUAGACUUCAUCUGCAAGUUUGUCAGCUGCCCAGAGAAGGAGCACAGCAGGAAGAUGAAUUUUCUGGACAGCGUCAGAACCGUUUGCCAAACUGCCAAGAAGUCCUGCUUGUUGCGAGGCCUGGACAUGUUCUACCGUGGCUACAAGGUGGUGGAGAAGGUCCAGGCGCUGCUGCAAGAGGAAUGCGGGAACGACUACAUCCACUUGGAGCUGUGGCAGAAAGCCAUGUGUGUGGUCACCGAAUUGAGCUCUGUGGAGAGAGUGCUGGAGGGCAAGGAGAAAUUCCUGAUACAAACCUGCCUGACAACGCUCUUGCCCCUUUCUAUAAAAGCAAAGGAGUUUUUCGAGGCAGAAGCAGACACUGAUCCCUGCACUGCGACCCUGGAAGCCCUGGACAGGAUGAUGGAGGAGUUGCUCGGCAUCAUUCCUGUCGCUAGAGUCAGUGAGGAGCUGCAGAACAUCUUCCAGACUCUUCUGGACUUCACCAGCUCAGGGAGAGCAGCUGUGCGCCAGAGGGCCCUGGGCAGGAUCAAGAAGCUCAGUCGCCUGCUGGCCAACAACCCCACCCUGCAGGUCUGGGAGAAACGGACAAGACCCACCAAAAGCCCUGUCUUCUUUGGAGACCUGCCAGUCCCUAACCUGGGACAACUGCUGGGACGUCUCUUCGUUUUCCCACAUUGCGUGGAAGAGAAUGGAACUCCUGAUUUGGAUGCCCUGUGUUCUCUAUAUGAGUUCAUCCGCAAGCAAGAAAGCAGGUCAAUGCCAACGGACGGAGGACACCUCCAGAAAGACACUGAGGAUACCUCUGUGACGGAUUUUCUCGAUGCCAAGGGCAUUCUCAUGAGGCUGGCACGAUACCUCCGAAGCGAGGAAAAGACGGACAUCGUCAUCGCGGCCAUUGAGGCAAUGAACUGGUGGAGUGUCUCUGACAAGGAUGCAGCAAGAAAUGUGGUGGAUGUGGCCAUGGGCACCCCUGAAUGCUGGCUGCUGGAUGUCCCAAACAUCAUCAAGUCCAUCCACCAAAACAUCGCAGGCGUCAAAAUGGAGACAGCGCGGCACAGCGUGGAGUCACUGCUGCUCCUCCUGACCCAGCAUCAUCUGAGCAAAGUGCUCGCAACACUAAUGACCAUCGCACCACCAAGAGACAGCUCUGCCCUGCCUGUGUGGGAGGCCAUGUUCUCCAUGCCAGGAACCAUGGAGAGCAUCUUGAUGGAGCUGUUCCUGUGGCACCAGAGGGAACGGGAGCAGCUCCUCUGCACUUUACCAGAGGACAUCGGCAUCCUUCAGUUGCUCGUCCUGGCCUGCAAGGACUUUCAAAGCGAGGAUUUGGAGGCAUUGUGUAAAUUCUGGAGAUUCCUGAGGCCUCCAAACGCAGCCAUACGCCCACUAGUGCUCCAAGGCUUCAUGGUGCUCUCUCAGAGAGCUGAGACGGCAAGAAGAAUGCGGGUCCUCCUGCCGGACAUAACAGAAGACCUACAGUCCAGCAGUGAAGAUGUCAUGAUAAGGGCCCUGGGGACCAUCCGAAAUAUAACGGGUCACCUGAAGAAGAAGGAGGCCAGCUCCAGCGCCGUGCAGCUGGUGGAGAAGCUGCUGCCCAUCUUUGAUCACGAGCUCAGCCAGGUCAGACAAGAAGCCAUCGGGUGCUUCAAGGAGCAGCUGAAGAGCGUGGCAUGGAAGCACAAGAGCCUGAUGAAGAGCAAAGUGAGAAUGGCCCUGCUCCCGCUCUUCCUGCACUUGAGCGAUGAAACGCCGAAUGUGGCCAAGGCAUCCGAGGAAGCUCUCCUGGCGGCAGCAAAGUUCCUCGGCUGGAGGGAGCUCAAAGAGCCCAUCCGGACUCAGAAGAUGUGGAGAAUUGCAGAAUGCUUGCUGGCUCAGGACAAAAAGAGGGCUGAGGACUAUCUGAAUGAGAGCCUGCGCUACCUGGAUGACCCUCAGGAUGCAGUGCAAGAGGCAGCCGUGAGGUUCAUCGGGCUUGCUGCACGACCCUUGAGGAACCGAAGGCCAGAGAAGGUGGCGGAGAUCUGCACAGCCCUGCGGCCCCUCACCGAGCAGGGCAUGGAGUCAGUCCGCUCGUUGGCAGCCCAAACCAUUCACACCCUGAGCCCUUCAAGUGAGACGCCAAGGAGAGAGAGCGCUCUGAGAUGGCUGUUGUGGCUCCGGAGGUGAGCCACGCAGACGGGCAGCAUUCAUCGGGACCAUGGCUCCGUUUCGAGAAAGCUGGAGGAAGAAUCAUAGACUCAUGGAAUGGCUGGGGUUGGAGGGGAUCUUAAAGCCCAUCCAGUUCCAAUCCCAUGGCAUG